CACCCUGUGACUGCCUCAGCUUAGCAGAACCAACCACUCCCCGCCUCACAGCUUUGGAGUGGCCACUCUCUUGUAACAGAAACAGACGCACAUUACGCGGCCAACGGAUAGCACCAUCGGCGCGCCCACAAGUGCUCAGCUGUCCAUUCGAGUCAUGAGUCUAAGCGUCGGCCCCUCCUCGCUGUCGGUCGACGCCUUCUCUGACCCCUACGACCCCGCCUAUCGCUGCCGUCCGACCAACCCUGGCACCGCAUUGCACACCUCUCACGCUGACGGCCAUCAACUGAUGCUGCCAGGAAGCCGGGGCGCAUUCAACGGCGCCCCAGACAUGGCGCCGCCGCACAUGCGGCCGCCGCCCUCCGUUUUUGGGGAAGGAUUCUCACCCGAGCCGCAUCUUGCGCACGUUUCAUCCGCAGAGCCCGGAUUCCCCAAUCCUCCUUUCGGCGCUGACACGUUUACGCCUUCCAUUGGCGGGUGGGGGGCGGCGCGGGGAGCCGUGGUCAUCCGCAGCGGCGACGACGAGGACCAGUCGCGUCACGUCCCCAUCGCCUACCGCCCGCCGCCCCAUCGGCCCCGCGCGGGCGCCUCACAGGCUCCGCCAGCUCCCGCGCUGCACCUGGCGGAGGGCGUGACGAUCAGGCAGGGCAGAGACGACGACUUUGACACGUCGCACGCCAUUCCGCUCCCCGCCUCCAGCUUCCGCAGCAGCGCCCCGCAGGCUCCGCCCCAUCUCCGCCGCGUCGACCCCGCGUUCCCCGCCGCCGAGUAUGCCGGGACUGCCGGGGCUGCGCUGUCCUUCGACGGCUACCCGGGUCGCGGCAAUUCCGGGGCCUUCAAUCCCAGCCUGCAGCGCUUCGACGGCGGGGGCCGCAUCUCCCCUCCGCUCUACGCAGGCGUUGGCGCGGGCCGCAUGGGCGGGUCCCCGCAGAUGUACACAGCUGGCGGAGGGGGCGGCGGGGGAGAUCGCGCGGACUGGGCGGCUCACAGGUUCGCGAGCGGAAGCGAUCUGGACAGGGGCAGGCGGAGCCAGGACGGGUAUGCGGGGGGGAGUGCGCGCUUUGGCAUAGGGUCGAUGGACGGGAGGGGAGAGGGCGCGGUGGGCGAAUUCCGCGAGAUGGCGGGCAUGGGCGGAAUGCGGCCCGCGCAAGGCGUGUUCGCGUCGCGGUCGUAUGACGAGGAGAGGGGCGGGAUGUAUGGGGAGAUGGCUGGGGCUGUGCGCGGAGCAGUGUGCGCGGAUGGCGCUGCUGGCGGGGGAAGCUGGCGGAACGGGGGCGAGUAUUACGCGGGCGAGGGGGAGGCGGAAGGGCGGAGCGGGGGCGGGAGCCAUCAGAGCGGGCUGUCGCUGAAGGAGGAGUUGGCGGCGCUCGACGGCGGCAGCGACGAAGCGCACGGCGAGGCGCCGCUGAGGAGCUCCCAGCGACCCAACUCCGACGAAGGCUGGAACAUCCCCCUCAAUCCAUCCUGCGAGUACCCUCUAAGCAACCAGUUCAACCGCGGCCCCCAGCAUUCCACCAACAUGACUGCUGAUUCCGGUGCUUACCUAAGCGCCGACUUCUCCAUCUACUCCUCCUCCUCCGCCUCUCUCUCCCUCCCAUACCGCUCCCGCCACCCAGCUGCUGGCUUCCCUGCUGGCAGCAGCGGUAUGUGGGGGGGAGCCAUGGGGGCAGCAGAGAGUGAUGCGGGGAGUGUGGUGGGCGGAGGGGGGAGGGAAGCAGGCGGCGAUUGCCGUCUUUUCUCGGAGGAGCAGCUGGCGAGGGCAACUGACAACUGGAGCCCGGCAAACCGCCUGGGGAAAGGCGCCUUUGGCACGGUGUACAAGGGCCGUGUGAUGGGGUGCGACGUGGCGGUGAAGCGGCUGGAGGGCGGCAGCUGGCAGGGGCCGGAGGAGUAUUUGACGGAGGUGGAGGUGCUGAGCCGCAUGCGCCACCCGCACAUCGUGCUGCUCAUGGGCCACUGCCCCGACGCCAUGUGUCUCGUCUACGAGUACCUGCCAGCUGGCUCGCUGCAGGACCACCUCAAACCGGCUGGCUGCACUGGAGCCGGGCGGCGGGCGUUGUCUGUGGCGGAGCGCGUGCGUGUGGCGAGUGAGGUGGCGUCGGCUCUGCUGUUCCUGCACCACCACGACCCCCCCAUCGCCCAUCGCGACCUCAAGCCCGACAACGUGCUGCUCGACGCCAACCGCGGCUCCAAGCUCGCUGAUGUGGGCCUCGCGCGCCUCAUCGCGGAGGACGACUCGACCACCACGCGCGUGCGCGGCACGGUGGGGUACAUCGACCCGGAGGAGGUGAUGACCUUCGAGAUCAGCGUGCUGUCGGACGUGUACGCGCUGGGGCUCAUCAUGCUGCAGCUGCUGACGGGGGACGGCAGCAUCAAGAGCCUGCACCAGCGCAUCAAGCCGUUCCAGGACGCGCUGGAGAGCUACUGGGAGCAGGGAGGGGCAGGCGGCAGCAGCAGCAGCAGCAGCAGCAGCCCCAUGGUGCAGGCGGUUACGGCGCUGGUGUCGGACCAUCUGGACGUGUCGGGGGGCGAGUGGCCGCUGUCCCUGGCGUGCCAGCUGGCAGAGUGGGGCCUGCGGUGCGCCGCCCGGCAGCGCGUGCACCGGCCGGACCUGGCGGGCGAGCUGCAGCCGGCGCUGGGAGGGCUGGUGGAGGAGGUGGAGGCGGGGGAGAGGCAGCGGCAGCAGAGCAUUGAGGACCAGUUCAUGUGCCCCCUGUCCCAUGAGCGAAUGACUGAUCCAGUGGUGGCAGCAGAUGGCUUCACAUAUGAGCGCAGCAGCAUUGAGGAGUGGCUCCAGACGCACGACACAUCACCAUCCACUCAUGAACCGCUGCCACACAAGCACCUCACACCCAAUCAUGCACUGCGCAUGUUGCUCCAAUCAAGAUGAGGCGUGCACAAAGCAAAGUGUGUAUGGCGAAACGCUGUAACGUCUCUACUAGUUUGUUGGUUUGAUGUUUGGAUUUGGGAGUGCGCACUCGUGUACAUGAAUUGUUUCAUUUCAUUCAAUCUUACUCUAGGUUUUGAAUGAAGAAUGAUCGUAGCU